AUGGACACAGAUGAAUACCAAUACCCCAAAAGAACCAAGAAAUUCAGAACUAACUUCAUAAAGUUACUGGAACAAAAAGCGGCAGCUACCAUACAAACUGACAAUAGAUUCGAAGCAAUUAGCGAAUCAGAAAGUGAGACAGAGAUUGAAACUUCAACAAACAAAGUAAAAGAUGGAAGCACUGAUAACCACUCCAACCUAACAAAGGACCUUAAAGGCAUCAUUAAGGGUAAAUACUCGGUAAAGUACACCAACGCAACAACCAUCAUAUUUACUGAAAACGAGGAAGACUACAACACGCUACUCGGAAGUAUAAAAGAAGCAGAAAUCCCGCAUCACACUUAUACAAGUAAGGCUGACAAAACCCAUGCCUUUGUGCUGCGAGGAAUGGCAAAUGGCACUGAAAAACAGGACAUUGUAGAAGACCUGAGGGAAACAUAUGAAAUUAAAACAAAAGAAAUCUACCUAAUGUCCACAAAGUACAGACCUCUCUACCUUGUAGUGACCGAUCCUGCAAUUACACUUGAGUAUCUCAAUAAAAAUGUCAGGGUUAUUGAGAAUACCAAGAUAUCCUGGGAAAUCCGCAAAUCGAUCAAAACCAUAAUCCAGUGCCACAGAUGUCAGGCCUGCAAACUGUGGCCGCCCCCCAAGGUGCUUAAAAUGUGCAGGAGACCACCUAACCACCACCUUCAUCAAAUCCCGCGAUACACCCGCCACGUGCGCCAACUGCCACGAGGAACACUCGGCAAACUACACGAAGUGUGA